AGUUUACCUAGAUGUUUAAAUAUAUAGGAAGGAGUUGAAGUCUAAAUAUAUAGGAAGGAGCCGAAGUCUUGAUGAUAAUGGAAAUGGCAAGAAGAGAAGUUGGGAAUCUACAGGAGCGUGUUGUCUAGAGCAGCGAAGGAAACGAAUGAGAAGCCAGGCCGACCUGUGGGUUCUAGAAACAGGGCCAAAUCCCCUGUUACAAUGGUAGAUAUUGAAGGAAUUGAAGCAGAAGUCCGUGAUGUACCAGAAUCCCAGUCCUGUGAUGGAGGGCGUAGUUUAGAGCAGCCAAGGAGGCGAAGGGGUCGUCCUCGGGGCUCUAGAAACAGGGUCAGAGCCCAAGGUGCAGCCGGGCUUAUUGAUGCAGAAGUCCGUGAUGUACCAGAAUCCCAGUCCUGUGAUGGAGGGCGUAGUUUAGAGCAGCCAAGGAGGCGAAGGGGUCGUCCUCGGGGCUCUAGAAACAGGGUCAGAGCCCAAGGUGCAGCCGGGCUUAUGCCCCUCAUCUUGGAAAGAGACUGUAACGUAAUUCGUUGCUUGAAUGAGUUCAGGAGGAGCAUUAACGACGAUGGAAUCUUGAUUUUAAUGGCUCGUGGGCGAGUACGCAAUGUAGUAAUAAUUCAGCCUCAUCUUCAGGCCCCCAGGAAUUUGCAAGGUACCUUUGAGUUGAUACAGCUCUCUGCUCCUAUUACGCCUGGCAUCUGGAAUCAACCUUUGUCGGCUACUCUGGAAGGUCGUCAAGGACAAAUCAGAGGAGAUAUCUUUGGAGAAAAUAUGUGGGUAGAUGGUCUAGUAGUUAUUGUCGUUAUUCGCUUAGCCAACCCUGUCUAUUUCAGCCAACCUUCUGCAGCUCACAAUCACUCAGUUCAUCAGAACAGUGGGUUUCGUCUACCUUCUUCUGCUCCACCCCCACCACCACCAUCUCAGACAAAUGUGCACCCUGCUACAGGUUCUCAUCAGCCAAGAAGGAUCAACAAUAUGCAUCAGGGUAUCGUGGUUUCUUCUUCUGCUCGUAUUCCUCCCCCACCACCACCUCCACCUCCACCACCACCAUCUCAGACAAAUGUGCACCCAACUACAGGUCCUCAUCAGGGUAUCGUGGUUUCUUCUUCUGCUCCACCUCCACCUCCACCUCCACCUCCACCACCACCAUCUCAGACAAAUGUGCACCCUGCUACAGGUCCUCAUCAGGGUAUCGUGGUUUCUUCUUCUGCUCCACCACCACCACCACCUCCACCUCCACCUCCACCAUCUCAGGCGAAUAUGCACCCUACUACAGCUCAUCAGACUAUUCCACCCCCACCACCACCAUCUCAGGCCAUCAGCUCCAUCACCCGGGUCCGCACGGAAGUUGUGAAAUACUUCUUUCAAUUAUUUGGGUGAUUCUUUUUUAUCAAUCUUUAUUUGAAGCAUUUCUUGACUUUCCCUUCUCAGACUGGUAGUUUGUAAUCUCCGAUCCCAAAGUAUGGUUUUCCCGUAUUUACUUAUGAGAUGUAAAGAUUCAUACUCUCUUACAAGAUGUAAAGGUUUUUUUUCCUUAUUGUGACUCUUACUAAUAAUGCUCUCUUUAUGUUUCCUUA